UGUUGUUUUGGUUUUUUUAUUGGGGUAAGCGCCAAACUAAUUUCAGCGCCUUACUCAAAAAAACACUCCACAAGAAGAAAAAUUCAAAAACCGCAAAUCGUUUCUUUCUGCUUCUUCUGUGUUCCGCCAAACUGUGAAUGGAAUUAGCUAAUUUUUGCAAAGUUUUAAAUGGAUAAAAUGGACAACAACUUGCAACAGCAGCAGCAGCAGCAGCAGCAGCAGCAGCAACAACAACAGCAGCCACAGCAAAAAACACAUCCUUUAUUUUGCAAUCAAAAUCUACAGGCCAAGCUAGCAGCAAUCGAGGCUAAAUUAAAGCAGGGCUCAAAUUCCAAUAUGACAAUAACAACAACAUCAACUCAAACCAAUGCGAAUAAGAAAUCGAGUCAACAAUUUAGCAACAACAGUCGCAACAAGGAGACAGCUGCAGCAACUGGCAGCAGCAGGCAACAGGAUCGUUGCAAUAUGGGUGUUAUCGGACGCUAUUGCGUGCCACACAACAGCCAACAACAGAUGGCGCAACCACAUGGAACUGUGCUGCCACUGCUGACGCAGGUGCAACGUGUCAACAACGAUUUGAGCGAUAAGCUCACACGCAUGGCUCGCCGCAAUACGAUUAAAUUCAGGGAGUUUGCAGCGCUACAGGUGCAGGAUAAAAAUGCCGAAGCGCUGCUAGAUCUACACAAUUGCAUACCGGAGAUAUCGCAGAUAUUCGAUAUGCAUUGUCGCAUUGGCAGCGGCACCUUCAGCACCGUUCUCCUCGGCACCUUGAAACGGGAACGUCAACUGCCCGAGGUGCAGCGACGUCGUUUCGCCAUCAAACAUCACAAUCCCACAAAUCAUCCGGAGCGCAUUUUGCGUGAAUUGGAGUGCAUGUUUCGGAUGGGCGGUGAUCAUAAUGUUAUCGGCAUCAAUUGUUGCAUACGCUACAAUGAGAAUGUGGCAUUUGUAAUGCCAUUUAUGUCGCACGAUCGUUAUCACGACAUCUUUCGCAAUCUGAGUCUGUUCGAGGUCAAGGACUAUUUGCGCAACUUAUUGAUUGCCCUGCAGCAUGUGCACAAAUUCAAUGUCAUCCAUCGGGAUGUGAAGCCGAGUAAUAUUUUGUAUAAUCGUCGCACCGGCAAAUUUUUGCUCUGUGAUUUUGGACUUGCUCAGCGUUUGGCAGAGGAUGGCCGUUUAAUACAGCCAUCGGAUUUGAGUGGCGCCGCUGCCUUGUUGCAUGACAUUGAUGCGGCACAGCAGCAACUGAUGCAGCGGCACGACGGCAACAGUCUGCAGGCGGAGAAUGAGGCGGCGGCGCUUCGCAAGCGUGCCGUCGGCGGUGGCACCACAGCUUUUGGGGAAACCAGCAGCAGCAGCACCACCACCAUCGCAAACAGCAAUCAUCAGCAACUGCUCACCGAACCGACGAAAAAAGAGCUGGCCACACAAAAGGCAGACACGCAACGGCUGAUCAACAGAUUGCGUUCCACGAAUGCGAAUGUGGAUCAAAACAAUUAUGUGAUCUCAACGAAUACCAGUCGCAAGGAGAUGCAUGCUUCGAGAGCGGGCACACCUGGAUAUCGACCACCGGAAGUCCUGCUACGCUAUCCCCAUCAAACAACUGCUGUCGAUGUUUGGGCAGCCGGCGUUAUAAUGCUUUCCAUGCUGUCCACAAUGCAUCCGUUCUUCAAGGCGCCCUCGGAUUGUGCGGCCCUCUCGGAGAUCAUGAAUCUCUUUGGCGAUCUGGAGGUGCGUAAGGCAGCCUUUAUGCUGGAUCGCCUCGUGUUGAUUACCCAGAAAGUGGCUGCUUUGGAUUUGCGUCGGGUUUGCAUGCGCUUGCGAUAUGCCCAGCACUUUGUCUCACCGGAAAUGCAGCGACGUCAUCGACGUGCCGAUGGCAAUACGGAGAUGUGUCGACAAUGCGAACAGGCAACGUUCAAUUGCAUCUGCAAGCAUAGCAGUCAUCAGCUGGAGACGUACGAUGGAUUGGAUAUGUUUCCCGCACACGCAUACGAUCUGCUUGGCCGGCUGCUCGAAGUGAAUCCACAGAAGCGGAUCACUGCUGAGGAGGCGCUCAAGCAUCCGUUCUUUGGCGACCAUCAUCGCAUCGUCUCGGGCAUUCCGUUGAGCCAACAGAUACGUUCGAGGGAAGCCAUGCAGACCAAUUGUCUAUCGAGGACUCUCACUUCCUAUGCUUCCCAGCCCAAUACCGAUGCGGCGUCUACAACGCUCGGUUGUUGCCAAUUGUAGUCGUGUCCUCCAUAUGCAAUAAUGAUUUCCUCAAGUCGAGACGUUUCACGAAAUUGGAUAUGUUCCAAAAUGAAUCCCAAAUUUUUGCAUCAGCAUUAAAUAAACAGUUCUUUGAUGUUU